CUUGAGCUAAGUACCCAAAAGUUUGUCCAUUUCAGUUCCUCAGCCCUAUCUGGUUCAGACUCUCAAGUCCAAAUCCUUUCUCCAUCGGACUCUCUCAUGGUUCCUCCAAAUUCCCACUGAAAUUCUCAAGGUUCACGUAUGUAAUCAGCAUCACUCUUCUUCUUCAACACUACUGCCCAAUUUUCAAACCCUACUGGAGCUUGUUCUCAUGGAUUCCCUCCGUUCCACUUACAGAGAUGAAGACGAUGAAGAAGACGAGUCCGUUCCCGCCGCUGAAAUUGACCCACCGGAGCUUCCUGAACCACCAAUGGAUGCGAAUGUUAGCGGCUCCUCAACAGAGCCCCAGGAUGGUGCCAGACAAGACCCACCUGAUGCUUCUGAAGAAAUCUCCGAAGAGGAACCGGCUUCUGAUGACACUGAGAAAUCGGCUAAAUUAGCGAAGUCACCUGGGAACGACGACGACGACGAUGAAAACCCACCUACGAAGAAGCGGAAGCAAUUGUCUUCGCUUAACCAGCCUGUGGAGGAGGAGAAAUCGCCAUUGCUUGAAUCGGAUACUGCUAAGAACAAUGGUUCGGCUAGUGGUAAUGCUGCACAGGCGGCAACGGCUUUGAAUCCGAAGAAAUCGAAGAAGAAGAACAAUAAUGUUUGGGGCACGAAGUCGACUCGGAAGGGGAAAAAGAAGAACAAAGCUAAUAACAAUCACAAUGCACCAACUGAGGAUCCUGUCUUGAUCACUCCAGUUCCGAGGUUCCCUGAUAAAGGGGAUGACAAUUCCGAUAUGCAAAUAUGUUUGUCAAAGGUUUAUAAGGCGGAGAAAGUUGAAUUGAGUGAUGACAGAAUGAGUGCUGGUAGUACAAAGGGGUAUAGAAUGGUGAGGGCCACUAGAGGGGUGGAGGAAGGGGCAUGGUAUUUUGAAAUCAAGGUGGUGAGCUUGGGGGAGACUGGACAUACUCGGCUCGGAUGGUCGACGGAGAAAGGGGACUUGCAGGCUCCGGUCGGGUACGACGGGAAUAGCUUUGGGUAUAGAGAUAUUGAUGGAAGUAAGGUGCAUAAGGCUUUAAGGGAGAAAUAUGGAGAGGAGGGAUAUAAGGAAGGUGAUAUCAUUGGUUUCUAUAUCAAUUUGCCUGAUGGGGCUUUAUAUGCGCCCAAGCCGCCACACUUUGUUUGGUAUAAGGGGCAGAGGUACAUUUGUGCUCCUGAAGGGAAAGAGGAGCCGCCUAAAGUAGUUCCUGGAAGCGAGAUUUCGUUCUUCAAAAACGGAGUAUGCCAAGGGGUUGCAUUCACGGAUCUGAACGGAGGUCGCUAUUAUCCUGCAGCCUCCAUGUACACUCUUCCUAAUCAACCAAAUUGUGUAGUCAAGUUCAACUUCGGCCCAGAUUUCGAAUCCUUUCCCGAGGACUUUCAGGGUCGUCCUUUGCCCCAACCCAUGGUCGAUGUACCUUACCAUGGCUUUGACAACCAACUUGAAAACGGAGUUUCGAGCGAGAAAAACACAGUAGUUACCAAGUAGUACCAUCUUUUCUUUCAUGUGUACUCUUAGUUUAUGUGCAUUAGGAUUGACAAUGGGAAGAUGAGUGGUGUAAAUUUUUCUAGUUACAGCUUACAAUCAGCUUACAGUCAGCAGAAGAAAGCAAUGUUCUAUGUGAGUAGUGAUAGACACUGCAUGAGCCCAACAACAUUUGUCUGAUUUGCUUAUAAGUUCUUUAAGGCCAGAUUCAUGAGAUAUCCUAGUUAUUUCUUUUU